AUGAUGCUGGCGCGCCUUACUGCGCUGACGUGCUUCUGCAGAGUAGAGGCCAUACUCUUCAACGAGCCACUAACGAAACCCUUGGACGACAUCACCGAGGCCCGGCAGCUUCUUGCGGUCAAGCUGCGGCAGCUGCACGACUUUCAGUUCGAGCAGUGCGUCGAUCCACACCGGGGCUCGCUCGACGAUGUUUACACGGAGGAGCAGUUCCGCAUUCUCGUUUCAGACAUCCUGCCGUACUGGGCCAAGGAGUACUUUCGGGAGCCGAUGAGUUUCCCCAGUCAGUCGCUGUGGAGGGCCUUGGCCGUGAGGGUGAUGAUCCUGAUGGCGCAUCACAUGCUGGGCAGGGGGAUAAGCAUCCGCGAGAUCCGCUAUUGCAAUAUGUUCACUCACAUCCUUCCGCCCAUCACGAACAGCAAGGGGGAAUCGUCGCUCCACGUUCUCGUGGUCGCCUAUCGCAACUCGAAGACCAUCAAAGACAACAAGCUCGGCCACCUGUACCUGACUCGACACAUGGACUUCCGGCAGUGCGGCUUCGGAGCAGUGUUCAUGUGGAUACAUUUCAUUUUCGACCUUGUGCCGCUCCACUACAACAACGAUAAGAUCGUGCCCCUCUUGGAUUUCAGCAACCCGGCAAAUUGGUCAAAGAAGCACCUGUUCUUCGCCCUCUUCGACAAGGAUAAGACCGAGUUGCCGUACGCGACUCAUGCCAAAUGGGUUACCUGGGCGAUGAAAAGCGCGGAGUGGAUCCUGUCGAAAGUCACACAUAUCUUUCGACGGUCUGCGGCACAGAUCCUCGCCGACAAAAACUGUGAACUCGACAACAUCGCAUAG